CCCAAUUCAUUUUGUAUUCAAAAGUGCUAUCGGCAACAGUCUUCCAUAAUGUCUCAUGGAAUUUACUGGUACCUACCCUGCAUCAGUUCAACACUUUUAAGAUAAAGCCGUCAAAUUUAAAUAAUGGACAACUUCGGAUUUCGAGAUUCGCAAGGCCAACCAAAACUUAGACGCUCGAUCAGCGUCAAUACGGAAAUGGAAAACUUUCCGCUCUACAAGAAUCAGCACAACCGAUCGCUGCUUCACUGGCGGCGACCGGGCAAGAUGGACCCCGAGGAGAUGCUCGAGGAAGAGUAUCCUUCGGAAGAUUUCGAGUACGUACAGUGCGGACCCUCGCCACCCUCGGAUCACAUUUACGAGAGCUUCGAGGAGUCGACGUCGAGCAGCGACUUAACGGUACAAAUCUGCCUAGAAACAAUUAAAAUGAAUUUGAUGGAGCAUAUGAAGACAUGUUCAGGAAGGCACCAACUUCUGGACGAUAUCGAAAAUAAAGUCACGACUCAGGAUAACAUCGUUGAAGCAUUCAAGUCGGCCUCCAAAUCGGAAAUAAAUAUCGCAUUUUUAUGGUGCGCCCUACUAAAACGUUGGGACUUGCUCGACGGGCUUUUAUCGAUAGGUGCGCAAUUACUGUACGCCGAGCCCCAUCAAGGCCUGACAGCCCUGCAUCUGGCCGCAUUUAGCGGUUGCCUUGCCGGUACGCAGUUUUUGCUUUCGAAGGGGGCCGAUGUUAACGCCUGCUUUAAGUGCUACAGCCCUUUACACUGUGCGGCAUUUGGAGACAGUCCCGAUACCGCAAUGAUUCUCCUGAACAACGGCGCACGCGUGUCGGCGCUCACGUCCAAUCCGGCCAAUUGCCAAGAGAGCGUCUUACAUUGCGCCGUGAGGGCAAACGCCGUCGCCUGCGUACGACUGCUGAUCGCGGAGGGCGCAGACACCGGUCAGAUCGAAUAUACCGGAAUGUCGCCCAUUCAUCUGGCCGCCGAUUUGGGCCACGUUCACUGCCUCAAGAUUAUGUUUGAGACUAAGGGAUUAAAUGUCAAUGCCAAAACUAAGGAAAAGGAAUUGACGGCUUUACACUUGGCAGCUGAGGGAGGGUACGCCGACUGUGUCGAGUUGCUACUACAGAAAGGCGCCGAUGCAAAUGUGCGCAACCACAGAGGACAAACGCCCCUACACCUGGCAGCUCGCUCCCAAUCCGUUGAAUGCGUGGAAGCACUACUGAGGAAAGGAAACGCCGACCCGAAUCUCGGGGACCACGACCGAAGAACGCCUCUACACGCCGCCGUCGGAAAGGCGGCACGAUCGUAUGACAUAAUCGAAGUUCUAGUGAGCUGGGGAGCCGACAUUAACACAAAAGACCAAUACGGUUACACCCCCCUACACAUUGCCGCUCUAAACGAGCUGUCGCAGUGUGUCGAAAUUUUAGUCUUCCACGGUGCCGACGUCACCGCCAAGUCGAAAUUCGGAAUGACCGCGCUCGGCAUAAUAACGAGGAAGACUCCGGCGUCCUUGGCCGUAAUUCAACACAAACUCGAUAGCGCGAUCACUCUACACCAUCACCCGGAAUCGUCAAAUCGCGAGGUCGAAAUGAGAGUCGACUUUCGCAGCAUCUUGCAACAUUGUCAUCCCAGAGAGAUCAGUUUUCUGAAUACGUUCGUCGAUGAAGGCCAGAAGGAAAUUCUUUUACAUCCCCUUUGUGCUGCCUUUUUGCAUUUGAAGUGGGAAAAAAUUAGAAAGUAUUACAUCGCGAGAAUGCUGUUUUGCUUUGUGUUCGUCUUGAGUUUGUCUCUUUACGUUCUGACGGCACUGGCGCAUAACUGUUACAAUCACGGGCAGAAUUUGAACAGCACACACCCGAAGGACGUGAUCGAAUUGUGCGAAAAGAAAUCCAUCAUGGGGCACAUGCUACGUAGCAAUCCUUUCGUGAUCGAAAUGCAGUGGUUCGUUCUGGUAGGAAUAACGGCGUGCGAAAUUUUGCGCAAAAUUUAUGGCCUCGUCGGUUAUCCCACAAUCAAGCAGUAUUUGUCUUACCCAGAGAAUGUCAUCGAAUGGUUAGUGAUUAUGAGUGUGUUCGUGAUAUCGUUCGUGUACACGAACCGUACGUACAUGUGGCAGAAUCACGUUGGAGCCUUUGCAGUGCUGUUAGGUUGGACGAACCUAAUGUUGAUGAUUGGUCAGCUGCCCGUGUUCGGGUCUUACGUUGCCAUGUACACUAAGGUUUUGGGGGAAUUUGCUAAGUUACUGUUGGCAUAUUCCUGUCUAUUAAUUGGAUUCGGUAUAAGCUUCUGUGUCAUAUUUCCCGAUUCGAGCACAUUCGCGAAUCCUUUCAUUGGCUUAAUAACCGUGCUAGUAAUGAUGACCGGAGAAGUCAGUCUGGAUUUACUCGUCGACGAUGAUCCCGAUGAUCCGCCAUUUCUCCUGGAGAUUACAGCACAAGUAGCUUUUGUGUUGUUUUUACUUUUCGUAACAGUAAUUCUAAUGAAUUUACUUGUCGGUAUCGCCGUACACGACAUUCAAGGCUUGCAGAAAACCGCCGGAUUAUCGAAACUUGUUCGUCAGACGAAGCUUAUUUCUUACAUGGAACUUGCGUUAUUCAACGGAUAUCUUCCAAAGUACAUAUUAAAUUUGCUUCACUUAACGGCUCUUGUUUCGCCAAGGGCGUAUAGAGUAGUGUUAAACGUGAAGCCGCUAAAUCCGCGGGAAAAACGUCUACCCAGAGAUAUUCUAAAUGCAGCUUACGAAAUCGCCCGGCAGAGGAAGAACUACGGAAAUACAGUAUCUUACAGCGGAAGUAACAGCGCGACAUGGAAAAAGUGGUUUAACAACAAUCUAGAUCAGAAUAGCGAUAUCAUUCCGGAGAACCCGCUUAAUAUAAACUUGCAGAAUAAAGUGGAAGAGAGUAACAAGCAAAUUGAGCAGCUGUGCGUGGAGGUGCAAGAUUUAAAAAUCGCCCUGUCGCAAACGCACCACGUGGUCGAGCAGCUGCUAACGCUGUUAAAACAGAACUCAUCUUCGGAAUGCUGACAGAGGUGGAUUAGUUUAGUAGGUCCCUCGAACUGUGAAUCUCUUCCAUUGGUUAAGGCGACCGUUUUCAUUUCGAAAAUAAUCUGAUACACUUAAUUUAGGUUAUAAAUUGUUUAUGUAUAUAGCUGCAAAUGCGCCAUGUGAUUUUUACUAAAAUUAGUGAGCAAAUUUAGAGAAUAUUCCUAUUUGUUGGGUGCUUUAUGUUGUAUUUUAUAAAAGUUGUUAAACGUAGCUUUUCUACAAAUAGUGUAUAUUAUGUGAUAUUAGUAAUGUAUAGAACAUGCAAGAGAGCAGUUUUAGUUAAGAUUAAAGGCAGUUACCUGAAUUAGAUUGCUUUGUAUUUAGUUUGUUGAAUUUUUUUGACAUUCCAACCAAUGUAACAAGAUACAUCAAUCAACAUGUAAUUUUGAUUGUAAGUAUGCCAUUUUAACUUUAUUUACAAUAAAAAGUAUGGAU